AUGUUCAUAAUAAAAACAAGACGUCUCCAUGUUUUUUUUUUAAAUCUCACUUUAGAACAAUUAGGAGAUUUGCUAGAAGAAAUACGGGGUUCUGCUUCUAGCGGUAACAUGCAAUGGGGUGGUGGUCCCGCUUACGGGGUCAAAUCAAUACGUUCUAAGAAGAAAUUUUUAAAUAUCAAUCUCAUCGAUCUCAUAAGUAUCAUACCAAAUCCUAUCAAUCGAUUCAUUUUUUUGAGAAAUACAAGACAUCUAAGUCAUACAAGUAAAGAGAUUUAUUCAUUGAUAAGAAAAAGAAAAAACAUGAACGGUGAUUGGAUUUAUGACAAAAUCGAAUCCUUGGUCGCGAACAGUGAUUCGAUUGAUGAUAAAGAAAGAGAAUUCUUAGUUCAGUUCUCCACCUUAACGACAGAAAAGAGGAUUGAUCAAAUUCUAUUGAGUCUGACCCAUAGUGAUCAUUUAUCAAAGAAUGACUCUGGUUAUCAAAUGAUUGAAGAGCCGGGAGCAAAUUACUUACGAUACUUAGUUGACAUUCAUAAAAAGUAUCCAAUGAAUUAUGAGUUCAAUACACCCUAUUUAGCAGAAAGACGGAUAUUCCUUACUCAUUAUCAGACAAUCACUUAUUCACAAACCUCGUGUGGGGCGAAUAAUUUUCAUUUCCCAUCUCAUGGAAAACCCUUUUCGCUCCGCUUAGCCUUAUCCCCCUCGAGGGGUAUUUUAGUGAUAGGUUCUAUAGAAACUGGACGGUCCUAUUUGGUUAAAUACCUAGUGACAAACUCCUAUGUUCCUUUCAUUACAGUAUUUCUGAACAAGUUCCUGGAUAACAAGCCUAAGGGUUUUCUUAUUGAUGAUAAGGACGAUAUUGAUAAUAGUGACGAUAGCAACCGUGACCUUGAUACGGAGCUGGAGCUUCUAACUAGGAUGAAUGUACUAACUAUGGAUAUGAUGCCGGAAAUAGACCGAUUUUAUAUCACCCUUCAAUUCGAAUUAGCAAAAGCAAUGUCUCCUUGCAUAAUAUGGAUUCCAAUAUGGAUUCCAAACAUUCACGAUCUGGAUGUGAAUGAGUCGAAUUACUUAUCCCUCGGUCUAUUAGUGAACUAUCUCUCCAGGGAUUAUGAAAGAUGUUCCACUAGAAAUAUUCUUGUUAUUGCUUCGACUUAUAUUCCCCAAAAAGUGGAUCCCGCUCUAAUAGCUCCGAAUAAAUUAAAUACAUGCAUUAAGAUACGAAGGCUUCUUAUUCCACAACAACGAAAGCAUGUUUUCACUCUUUCAUAUAGUAGAGGAUUUCACUUGGAAAAGAAAAUGUUCCAUACUAAGAGAUUCGGGUUCGUAACCGUGGGUUCCAAUGUACGAGAUCUUGUAGCACUUACCAAUGAGGCCCUAUCGAUUAGUAUUACACAGAAGAAAUCAAUUAUAGACACUAAUAUAAUUAGAUCUACUCUUCAUAGACAAACUUGGGAUUUGCGAUCCCAGGUAAGAUCAGUUCAGGAUCAUGGGAUCCUUUUCUAUCAGAUAGGAAGGGUUGUUGCACAAAAUGUAUUUCUAAGUAAUUGCCCCAUAGAUCCUAUAUCUAUCUAUAUGAAGAAGAAAUCAUGUAACGAAAGGGAUUCUUAUUUGUACAAAUGGUACUUCGAACUUGGAACGAGCAUGAAGAAAUUAACGAUACUUCUUUAUCUUUUGAGUUGUUCUGCCGGAUCGAUUGCUCAAGACCUUUGGUCUCUACCCGGACCAGAUGAAAAAAAUGGGAUCACUUAUUAUGGACUUAUUGAGAAUGAUUCUGAUCUAGUUCAUGGCCUAUUAGAAGUAGAAGGCGCUCUGGUGGGAUCCUCACGAACAUAAAAAGAUUGCAGUCAGUUUGAUAAUGAUCGAGUGACAUUGCUUCUUCGGCCUGGACCAAGGAGUCCCUUAGAUAUGAUGCAAAAUGGAUCUUGUUCUAUCCUUGAUCAGAGAUUUCUCUAUGAAAAAUAUGAAUCGGAGUUUGAAGAGGGGGAAGUAGAAGGAAUUCUUGACCCGCAACAGAUAGAGGAGGAUUUAUUCAAUCACAUAGUUUGGGCUCCUAGAAUAUGGAGCCCUUGGGGCUUUCUAUUUGAUUGUAUCAAAAGGCCCAAUUCAUUGGGAUUUCCCUAUUGGGCCAGGUUAUUUCGAGGUAAGUGGAUCAUUUAUGAUGAAGAGGAUGAGCUUCAAAAGAAUGAUUCAGAGUUCUUGCAGAGUGGAACCAUGCAGUACCAGAUACGAGAUAGAUCUUCCAAAGAACAAGGCAUUUUUCGAAUAAGCCAAUUCAUUUGGGACCCUGCAGAUCCACUCUUUUUCCUAUUCAAAGACCAGCCCUUUGUCUCUGUGUUUUCAUAUCGAGAAUUCUUUGCGGAUGAAGAGAUGUCAAAGGGGCUUCUUACUUCCCAAACAGAUCCUCCUACAUCUAUAUAUAAACGCUGGUUUAUCAAGAAUACACAAGAAAAGCACUUCGAAUUGUUGAUUCAUCGCCAGAGAUGGCUUAGAACCAAGAGUUCAUUAUCUAAUGGAUUUUUCCGUUCUAAUACUCUAUCCAAGAGUUAUCAGUAUUUAUCAAAUUUGUUCCUAUCUAACGGAAGGCUAUUGGAUCAAAUGACAAAGGCAUUGUUGAGAAGAUGGCUUUUCCCGGAUGAAAUGAAAAUUGGAUUCAUGUAA